CCCUGCUCCCCCCACCAGAGAGCACCAAAAUGGUGCAGAGCUUCUCAGAGCAGCUCCGUCUGGCCCUCGCCCUCCUCCUCCUGAAUCUGGGGUCUGCUGUGACCAGAGAUGCCCCUCACAGCUGCUAUGGGGUUCCAGGCCUGCCAGGCAUGCCGGGCGUACCGGGCAAGGAUGGCCGGGAUGGGCUGAAGGGAGCCAAAGGCGAGCCAGGCAUCCCGGCCACUGCUGCAACACGAGGGCCUAAGGGCAUGAAAGGGGAACCGGGCAGCCCUGGCUUGCCAGGCAAGACUGGCCCCAUCGGUCCCCCUGGUCCUCCUGGAGACCCUGGGGUGAUGGGUGCAGUUGGAGAGCCGGGUAUGCCAGGCAGCUACAAGCAGAAGCACCAGUCAGCAUUUUCAGUGACUAGGCAGACCAGCGAGCAUCCCUUAAAGAAUGUCCCUGUGGUGUUCAACCACGUCAUCACCAACACCAACAAUGACUACGACACCACCACAGGCAAGUUCACCUGCAAGCUCCCCGGCCUCUACUACUUCGUCUUCCACACCUCGCAGACAGCCAAUCUCUGCGUCAUCCUGUACAAGAACGGGAACAAGAUGGCCAGCUUCUGUGACCACAAGACCAACACCAUGCAGGUCAGCUCUGGUGGGAUCCUCCUCCACCUGGGUGCUGGGAAUCAGGUCUGGCUGGCAGUGAACGACUACAAUGGCAUGGUGGGCAUCAGCAACUCUGACAGUGUCUUCUCGGGGUUCCUGCUCUUCCCGGACUAGAGGACCACCAGAACCCACCCCAGCACGCUGACCUCUUCACCCUGCCCUGCGAACGCUGCUGCUCACUGCCAAGCUGUUGCUGAUGCUCCAGGUUUCUCUGCUGGGUGGGAAGCCCUGGCGAGGGGGUCAGCCCCAGCCACCAGACACAACCCCCUGGCCUGGGGACCGAGUGCAGACAGCUGCUGAACGGGGGGAACAGGCACGUCUGGAUGCAUCUGCACCCAGAGCGAUGGUGCCAAGCCCUCGGGGUCCUGCUGGCACUGCCGCGUGCAUCCACCCCGAUAACCCCACAUUACCUUCUACUGCCGGAGCCAGAGGUCUCUCUGUGUCUCUCCCCUUCCCACCUGGGUUGCGCCAGGGACAGCCAGGUGUCCUGGAGCAGGCUUGCAGCAGCACCUUUGCCAUGACCUGGCUGUGGAAAGCGUCAAUAAAACC